AUGUUAACUGAACCGCUGUUGCUAGUAAACUGGGAUCGGUCUCCUCCCGUUGAAAGGGAAGGUCCUAAGCGCUUGGAGUUGAGAGCUCAGAAAUUCGGUACACCUUUGUCUGAAGCAGCAAAGAAGGAGGCAAGAGCAGCAAGAUUUGGCAUUUCAUCAACUGCACCUUCAAAAACUUCACAAAUUACAACAUCAACCAAAAUAACGAUUGUUGGACCCAGUGAAGAAAUUUUAAGGAAACGAGCAGAACGGUUUGGAGGCAACGUAUCAAGCUUGGCUUUGAAAGCCGAGGAAAGUGAAAAGCUGAAGAAGAGACAAGAAAGGUUUGGUCUGUCUGCUGCUGCGGCUCAAACCGUAGAUGAGAAGAAAAAGCUUAGAGCCGAACGAUUCAAGUUAUAGAAAUAUAUAUAUAUGUAAAUUCAUUUACCUUUUUUACUAGGUAGAUAACCAUAUUGUUUUAAGUUAGAAGUGUUAAUUAUUUCUAUUAUGUAUAAUUUUUGUAAUGAUGAUACAAAGAUUUCAAGAAUUUAUUAAACUGUAAUUUUCAAUAUGA